AUGGACUCUGUGAGAGUGAUGGCAGAAGCUGAACUGCAGCUUCCUUUCUUGAGCCAUGUCUGGCAAUGUGCCCAAACCCCUCUGGAGCGGCGUGGCGAUUUCUUCCCUGGCUGGGCCGUUGAACUGAAUGCUUUCGCCCCAGGCGAUGUGGUUUUCCUCGACACUGGUUCCACUGCCGGACACCACCAUGCGGUCGUAGUCUCUCGUCCGGAGGAGUCUGGUGUGAGUAGCUCUGCCCUGCAGCACGACGAGCUUGUCGUUGGCUUAUCACGGCGCACCAUGCCGCAGCAGAACCAUGAAGUUGCUCUUCAGAUUGAUGGCCUGCUGGUUCGUGUGCCAUGUCGACGCCUUGUUCGCGUCGUACCCCCACGGCGUGUGCUGGUUGUCCAUGACACUUUCAGCUACCGGCGGCUGGCGCGAACUCAAGUGGGACAGGAUGAUGGAGUGGUGGAGUUAGGCUCCUCGCUUGGGGAGCCUCGUCCGAAGUAG